UCUUAGUGAUAGCUGUGAGCAAAUCUCAAGCUACAAUGCUGUCUGAGCUAGAGAAGGCCGUGGUCAACAUAAUUGAAGUCUAUCAUAACUAUUCCAAACUGCAAGGGAAUCAUCAUGCCCUCUACAAGGAGGACCUGAAGAAACUGCUCAAUACUGAGUGUCCUCAGUACGUGAAGAAUAAGAAUGCCAAAACCUUGUUCGAAACAUUGGAUAUCAAUGAGGACAAAGCAGUUAACUUCGAAGAGUACCUUGCCCUGAUGAUAAAGAUGGGCGUGGAAGCUCAUAGAGACAGCCACAAGGAAUAGCAGAGCUCCUGGCCUGAUGCUGAGCCCCUGGACAUGUCUACAGAAUAAUAAAGUUGUCAUACCUCA